AUGGAAUCUUAUAACCGUCGUGAUGCCUCUUGCCCAGAUGUGAUCGAUUUGGAAGCAUACCAGAAAGUUAAACAAAACACUGAGAUCCGAAGCAAGUCUGUUGAAGUCUCCUCUACCGACGAAUCCUCUGCAGACGAGCUCAAAUCCCCAUAUACCGUUCUUUCUGAGAGAGAAAAACGCUUUCUUAUUGCAGUCGUAUCGACCGUCAACUUUCUGGGGCCAGUAACGGCUACGAUCUAUUAUCCAGCUUUGGGGCCACUGGCGCGCGAGCUGAGUGUCUCUGAAAGUCACAUCAAUCUGACUAUCACGUUCUAUCUAAUCAUCCUAGGAAUUGUCCCCCUCUUGACAGCAGGCUUCUCCGAUCAGAAUGGCCGGCGUCUCAUCCUCAUCGGCUGCCUCGUCGCCUUCGCCUGCGUCAAUAUCGCCCUCGCCCUUCAGGCCAGUUUCCCUGUACUCGUCAGUCUCCGUUGUCUCCAAAGCUUCAGCACAAGCAACAUCGCCGUGGUCGCAGCUGCCGCAGUCGCAGACGUGAUCACACGGGCCGAACGCGGCAAAUACCUCGCAUACAUCACACUGGGACCCAACAUCGGCAGUGCGGUUGGUCCCAUCGUCGGCGGCGUACUCACCAAGUUCCUGGGGUGGCGGAGCAUCUUCUGGCUCCUAGCCAUCUUCGCUGCUCUGCUCGCCAUCUUGGUCAUCUGCUUCCUGCGGGAGACCUGCCGCGCCCUCGUGGGUAACGGCAGCAUCCCUCCCGCGCCCUACAACAGAAGCCUCUUCGCCAUCAUCCGUCCGCGGACGGCCCACACCCCCGAGAAAGUCGAAGAGACGACGCUCACCACAUUCAAGCGACGGCCUAGCGUGCUCGACGCCCUCAAAAUCCUCUUCAACCUGGAGUCCUGCUUCAUCAUCCUAUACAACACCGCCCUCUACUGCGGCUUCACAGCAAUCACAAGCAGCAUCCCGGCCCUCUACGAACGAACCUACGGCUUCAACUCCCUCGAAAUCGGCCUCGCCUAUCUACCUUACGUCCUAGGCAGUACCUUCUCCCGGUGGACAGUAGGCAAUCUCGCAGACUGGAACUUUGCGCGCCACGCCCACACCGCAGGCAUCACCAUCCAAAAGAACCACCAGUGCGCAGAGCAGCUGGCGCGCAUUCCACUCGAGCAAGCACGGCUGCAGCUCGCCUUGCCACUCGCAUACCUAUCGACCGUGCUCCUGGCAGCCUACGGCUGGGUGAUCCAGCGCGAAGUGCACAUUGCCGCACCGCUUUCGCUGCUCUUCCUAAUGGGGAACACAAUGACGGGCACCAGCAACACGCUGAACCUACUGAACAUUGACAUCAAUGCGCAGCGGCCGGCCACAGCUACGGCUGCGAUGAACUUCUUGCGCUUCACAUGCGGCGCGGGUGUCGCGGCCGCGGCGUUACCGCUGGAAGGAGCGAUCGGGUUCGGCUGGAUGGCAACGCUCAUUUCGGGGAUCUGGUGGUAUUAUUCCUUCUCUGGGGUGCAUUUACAAUCACAAUCAAACCACGGUUUAUGGAGAUAUUUCACCCUCAGGAUGAUGUUACACUACAGUCUGAUGCUGCUGCAGUGCCACAAUGCAACCAUGUAA